UUUUAGAAACAGAAAUUUAAAUAUUGAUGAUUAUAUCGAGGGAUAAACUUGUUUCGUUAUUGUUAUGGCGUUCUAUUUUUACCUUCCGAUAAUUCAUGAGCAAUUUCAUUGGUUCUUACAAUCUUGGAUAGUUAUCUAUUGGACAAUUUACAAAGGGAGUUUCCUGAUCCAUUCAAACUCCUCGUGUGACGUAACCGGUGCGUGUAGUUUGGAUAGGAACCAAUAUAGGACAGGGAACGCAAUAUGGAAACACAUGCUAUAAAUAAUAGUGGGAGCAACGUCAAAGACAGUGUUUUGGGUACACUGACAAUUAGCAAGAACAAAAAACGAUUUCAUCCGAAUAAGCUCAGAAUGUCAAUACGUCGAUUUCUAUAUCGAAGACGGUGUUUACUUACGCUUAUCCAGUUCUUCACCAUCUUUUUCUUCUUCCGGGUGGUUCAACUUUCCCUCUUUACAAAUAAUCUAGAUGGAAACGUGUACGUUACGAAUUUACAGAAACCAGUUACAAAGCACGAUGUUACAAUUACAUUUCAAAUUCCAGCAUUCAAUGCCUCACAUCAUGCUGAUAUAUAUACCUAUGAUCUACCUGACGUCACACGUUACGAUUACGUCAGUGGUAAACGUUUCAAAGAAUACGUAAUUCCCGUCAAAGAUAUAGACGUUGCAUACAGACAGAAUUUAGACCCGCUUGAAGUAUUUCUUAUCCCAUUUUCGCAUGUAGACCCUGGCUAUGGACUGACACUUGAGAGUUACUAUCAAAGAAUGUCAAAACACACACUUGAUAACAUGGUUAAAAAGCUAAAUCAGUAUCCAGAUUUGACGUUUCAAUGGGCGGAAACGAUUUUUCUAGAAAGAUGGUGGAGGGAUAUAUCUGAGACAACGAAGCAAAACGUGCGCGAACUGAUUCAAGAUGGACGCUUUGAGAUUUUAUCCGGAGGAUGGGUCAUGCCUGAUGAAGCAGUAACACAUUUUGCCCCAGUAAUUGAUCAACUUAUUGAAGGUCAUCAAUGGCUUUGGGAAAAUCUCGGCGUAAAACCAGAAAAUAAUUGGGCAAACGACCCUUUCGGUUAUUCGAGCACAUUUCCUUAUUUAUGGAAGAAAUCCGGUAUGGAGAACAUGGUUAUUCUUCGUAUUAAUCAAGCAAUGAAAGGAACGUUAAUGAAGAAGCAGGCGUUGGAAUUCACGUGGAAGCCAUUGUGGAGUAAAAAUUCAACAAACGAUAUUCUUUGUCAUCUAAUGCCAUACCGAGGCUAUUGGAUUGGCGACACAUGUGGUCCGUAUAAUCAACAUAUAUGCCGAGAAUACGCAUUCAUGCAUACUAAUCCAAGAGACAAAGUUGUCUUCGUUACAGACGACAAUUUGGCAGAGAGAGCGCGAAUUUUGUAUGAACAAUAUAGAAUAACAGCCGAACUCUACAGAAGAGAUAAUCUUAAUGCAAACGGCGAAAGUGUUUCACAAAAUCUUUAUCUACCUAUUUUCCUUGGCGAAGAUUUCUCGUAUGUUAGUGGCAACGAUUACGACCUCAUUUAUAAAAAUUAUAAGAAACUUUUUGAUUACAUGAAUUCAAAAAAAGAGUGGAAUAUUCAGCUAAAAUUUGGCACAAUCGGAGAAUAUUUCAAUAAGAUCAAACAUAAUCAGGAAAAAAGAACAGCCAAAGACGGAAGUCGAUUUCCGUCACUUUCCGGAGAUUUUAUGCCCUACACUGAUUAUCAAAAGGAUUUUUGGACUGGAUAUUACAGUACACGUCCAUUUAUAAAACAACUGUCGAGAGAAUUGCAAAGUUCUUUGAAAAUGGCUGACAUAUUCCACGCAUAUGCGCAUGCGCAAGCAGAGUCAAGUGAAAAUGUUAUAGCAUACACAUCAUAUGCAGAAGUGACGUCACUUCUACGUGCUGCAAGACGUGACUUAGGGAUGUUUCUUCAUCACGAUGGUAUAACAGGCACAUCUGUCACUCCAGUUAUUAAUGACUUCCGAAAGAAAAUAUAUGUAGCGCUUAGAAAAACCGAGAGUGCCAUAAAAUUAAUCAUUUCACAGUUACUAACGUUUGGACAUGUCAACGGACUAGAAGUUUUUAAAAACACAGUUCAGCGAAUGUCCAUGACUUCAAUACCUAGAGAUGUAGUGAUGGACAUGUCCGUUAAUUUCAAGGCCGGUGGUUCGUUUUUAGUAGUGACAAAUCCUUCAGCACGGAAACGCACUGACGUCAUCAGUUUUACAGCGGUUGCGAGAAACAAAUAUACCUUCAUAUCGUCUGCGGAAGGUCCUCUUGAUUUUCAAACGCAAAGUUUAGAUAAGGACAACACUACCCGUUUCUCUUUCGUUGUUGAUCUACCACCGUACAGUUUACAAACAUUUCGUGUUGAAUCAUUUAAAACGAAGAAAAACAUGAGCGAAACUGACGUAGAAGAAGAUGUUCUAGAACAAAAAGAAACACAGAGCGACCAACAGAGAAACGAUACAGAUAUCUUUGUGCUUGAGAAUGCUUAUUUAUAUGUUGAAAUAGAUGAAAAAUCUGGUUUUCCAAGAAAACUAAAAAUGAAAAACGAUGAUAAGUCUGAAAUAGACGUGCUUACAGAAGUGCUAGCCUACGACUCAUUGCGGAGUGGUGCGUAUAUAUUUGCCCCAAAGGGUGCCGCAAACCCGUUUAUAUCCGGUAAACCGGAAAUUGUUGUCAACAAGGGUACUUAUAUAUCUGAAAUUAAAAGUAUAUACAGAAGUUUUACACUUACUACAAGAGUGUACAACGUAACUGGUGUAAAAGGUAUGGGCGUUCAUUUAACCGCAGAAUUUGACAUGACAAAGGAGAAGGCCAAUUUUAACAAAGAACUUAUCUUAAGGUUUAAAACGAGUAUUAAUAAUGAAAACAUAUUUUUCACAGACCAAAACAGUUUCCAAUUAAUUGGAAGGAAAACACGCGCAGAACACACAGAAGAGAACUAUUAUCCAAUCACGUCAAUGGUUGUCAUAGAAGACCAGGACAAGCGGUUGACUCUUCAUACUGCUCAACCACACGGUGCUGCUAGUCUUGAAAAUGGAUGGAUGGAAGUUAUGCUGGAUAGAAGGGUAGCACGAGAUGAUGAUAAAGGAUUAGGACAAGGUGUAUUAGACAAUACCUUAACUGUUGCUAACUUUAUACUUCAAGUAGAGACCCGGAAAGAAAACCAGGAAAUGCCAAAAGAACUUAAAUACACUUACCCAUCUGAAACUAAUAUUUUAAUGAAUGAACUUUUAAACGAACCUACGUAUAGUCUUUUUGUCGAAGAAGGAAAAAAGUUAAGAGAAUUUAAUUUAAACGAAGACGUAUUGUCUUUUACAAGUUUAGAAAACUCGUUACCUUGUGGUGUAUCUGUCGUGGGCAUGCGCACUCUGUCAAAGUCAGAUUUAUCAUAUAAUGGGACCAGUUUAGUUUUACAUUACACGCCAACUCUGAAUAGUCUAAAAGAAACCUCGUUGUGUAGUAAUAGAGGUGAUGAAGUCACCCUAAAACAUUUGUUUCGAAGCUUUAUGAUAAAUAGUGCAAAAGAAACUUCGUUAACACAUCUGAAUGACAUUAAGAAAAUAAACUUAGAUGAUAAUCUACGACCGGCAGAAAUGGAAUUGAGGUCGUUCAAAGUCUCAUUUUAACGUAUUCCAUCGGGCAACAAGUCGUACGAGUUCGGUUUAUUUCGCCACUUUCCGUAUCUGGCACUUCUAUAGAAAAUUUGUUCUUGAUCUAUGGAGGCUUAUUGGAUUUAAAGUGAGAUCAUUCACCUCGAGUUUUCAAUGGUUUAUUGCAAAUUGUGUUGCCUUAAAGUUGAAAUGCAAUACAUUUACGCAAUAACGAUAUCUUCAUUUAAACAUAAGAGUAGGUUGGGGGAGAGAUGAGCUGGAGAGGGGGAUUUAAGAGAGGGUGCUUUACUUUAAUGAGAUUAAAGCGUUAUUUAAUACAUCCAUAAAAUCACUGUAUAGAUCAA